AUGAGCUUAGAUCAGUUGAAGAUUGAACUCAAGACAUGGGAAUAUGAGUUUCAAAAUAAGAACGAAAGGCCACCUACAAAAGAUGAUAUUAAGCGGCUUCCAGAAAUCAAAAAAAUGUACAAACAGUACCAGGCACUUAAGAGACAGAAUACCGAUGUCUCCCAAGUCCCUAAAGUCGUCGUGAUGCCUUCAAAGAACGAUACAUCUCCCAAAAAAGCUGUAACGACAAAGAAGAAUGAUUUCAACAAUGUAGAAUUAGGACCGACUCCUCAAAUUUACGGUAAGGCUAUAAGUAUCUUUGAGAUGAAACUUUCACCAGUGAAAAAAGCUCUAAACUUUGAAGAAAUCAACGAGACGUCUUCCGAUCAACCUGUUGAUGCUGUUCAAGAUGACACAAAGAGGCAAUUGGAGUUCCCCUCGAAUACGCCAAAUUCUUCACCUUUCAAGAAACCCAAACCGGUAGAAUUGAAGUACUAUGGGCCCAAUUCCCCGUUGAAGCUAGAAGAAGAGAAUAUAAGAUUGAGUAUAAGGAAUGGUUCACCUUUAAAGCGAACGCCUCAAAAGAAUAUGAAUUCAAACAACGAUUUGACUUCUUUUAGCCCCUCACCACUAGUUAAAAGACCUUUGACUAAAUCUCUACUUGAACUAGCCAAGGAACAUGAGGAGUUCCUUCGAGAAUUUAACGAGAAUAAUGGCAAAGAGAAUAUUUUCACUCAAGAAACAGAAGAUUCUUCAGAUGAGCAACAUGAAGACGAUGGACAAGUGGAGUAUCAGGAGAAGAAAACUAAGAAAAGAAAAAUACUUCGUAGAUUGGUUACAAGUGAGGAAAGUAAAGUGGUUCCCAAAGAUAUUUCUAAGGAAUUGCUUAAAUUGAAAAAACAACAAGUGAAUGAAUUCUUAGGUAAUGAAGCCGCCGAAGAAGAUGAAGAAAAUGAUCACAAUGAUACAGAUAAGGCCAAUGAAACUCAAACACCUGCGCCCAAACCCAAACCGAGAAAGCGUGCUAGCAAGUAUAACCUGGUUAGUAACAAUUUCAGAAGAUUGAAACUACCGAGAAAGCAUGCUGGUAACCGCCGUUGGCCAAGAAGGUAA